AGCACUUCCACAGCAAACGAAACCACACAACAACUUAUUCAUAGAAAACACGAACCAUCCUUCGCCGUGGACAACGCAUGUCGGAGAGUCGUGAGAUGGAGGAGAUGCUGGCGGGUGCGCCGGCGGGGCCGGAGGAGGCCCUCGUUUCUGUGCUCUGCGUAGAGGCGACGGCCAGCACGCAGGAGGCGCUGGAGCGUGCCGUGCAGGCCGGGACCGCCGACGGUGGCCGCCACGCGUGUGCUGCUGCGUCGUCUGAGUCGGCGCUGCGGGCACUGCACAAGCUGUGUGGGACGCGUCUGCGUGUGCCGCCCUCCACGACGGUGCACACGCUGCGCGGCUUCCUGGCGGCGCAGGAGGCGGCGUCGUCGACGGCGUCUGCGGAUGAGUGGUGGUGGCGUGCGAGGGCGAGGUCGACGGACUCGCUGGCGGACGCGCUGUUCUUUGCGGUGCGUGCGCCUGCGCCUGCUGCUGCUGCGAGUGCGGGUGCGGAGCGCGUGGGUGGAGCUUGCACGGUGGCAGAGGCGGCGGCGGAGGAAAGCGAGACACUGGUGGCGCUGCACCCUCACACGACGCUGCACGAGGUGGUGUCGGCCGGCGGUGUGCUGCAGCUGCCUGCGAAGUUGCCCGCUGCACCGGAGACGACGCUGCUGCUGCUGUACGCGCGCGAGCGCUACUUUGGUGACAUGGACGGUGGUGACUUCCUGUGCAUUGGACUGUGCGCCGCACUUAUCGCGUGCUGCGUGGCGCUGUGCGUAUCGCAGGCUGCAUCGGCGGCCAAAGAGAAGAGACAGCAGCAGAAGUACGAUGAACAGCAACAGGCCCAGCAGCAGCAGACGCAGUACUACCAAGAUCAGCAGCAACAGCAGGGCGCCUAUCAGAACUAUGGAAACAACCAGCCCUACUACGAGGGACAGCAAGGGCCAGUGAACGGAUACGGCGCCCCGCCGCAGCAACCGGCGACCGGUUACCCCGUGGCGCAGCCGGCGUACUACAACUACAGUGGCAAUCCGGCCUACGCCCAACCGCCGGCGGUGCCGCCAGCGCAGUACUACAACAACAACCCCUACACGCAGAACCAACAGGGCCCCUAUCAGACAAACAACCAGGGCGGCAACAACCCGAGUUGCCAGGGCACGGCGAACCCAAACAACGGCUACCCGACGACGGCGCCACUGUAA